AUAAUACAUAAUUUUAAUUCUCAAUCAAAUUGUUGAAUGAAGAUCUUGAAAGUCAGUAAAUCAGUUAAUUUAAAUUUAGUAGCAAAAACCUAUUCGGACAGUAUUACAAAAUUUUAAUUUCAUAGUAUAUUUUAAAUAUAUGAAGCAAUAGUUGUUUUAUAUUCAAUCAACAGAAAUAUCGUAGUCAAGAAAAAUCAUCUAGAGUUCAGAAGACCUCAUACCUUGUUAUAUCAACGUAACAAUUACAAAAUUUCAAAAUUAGCGCUCAAAUAAAACUAAUUACCUUCUUAAGUCACUUAGCAAAAUGAAUAACGAAUUGCAGAGCAUGGAUAAUACUAAACCUGAACCCAUGGAUGAAACUAACGGUUAUAACGUUGAUCAGAGUUUAUCUGAGACAACGGGCACCUCGUCUGUAGCAUCAGGUACCUCGACUGAAACAUCGGGUGCAUCGACUGAAACAUCGGGUACCUCGUCAGAAUCAUCGGGUACCUCGUCAGAAUCAUCGGGUUUCCUAUUUGAAGUAUUGGGUACCUCGUCUAAAACAUCGGGUGCCUUGUCUGAAGCAUUGGGUACCUCAUAUGAAGCAUGGAGUACCUCUUCUGUAGCAUCGGAUACGUCGUCUGAAACAUCGGAUACUCUAUCUGAAGCAUCGGAUACUCUGUCACUGGCGAUAAAUAUUGAUGAUACUAUGAACCUACCAAGCGCUUUAAGUAUAUUAAUACGUAAACCCAUUAAUGAAAAAGACGCUAAUAACGUUGGUCAGAGUUUAUCUGAAGCACAAGGUACCUUGUCUAAAUCAUCGGGUACUUCAUCACUGGUGCAAAAUAUUGAUGACACUAUGAACCCAUCAAGUUCUGAAAGCAUAACAAAACAAUCAUCAAAAGCCUCAUGGGUGUACGCGGAACCUAACGGUGGCGUUCCAUUCGACAUCUUUGAUUUGGCUAAUGACUUACCAGGCCUUUCUGAAGACGAUACGCGAAGGAUUCAUUUUUUCGGUGCAAUAGAAAAUACAAUUAAUUAUAGCAAGGAACACCGAAUACGCUUAACACUAAGACGUUGUAAUCGUUCAAAUAUAUAACAUUAGAUGCUAUUAAAUAUAAUAUUUAAAUAUAUUAUUU